AUGUUGGCGGCGCCCUUCACCUUCUUACCGCUCCGUCGCGACCGGCUUUUGGGCGAAUCCGCCUACAAUGCUACGGCGCAGAAGCUCCGGAUCCCUUCGCGGGACAAGAACCGCAAAAUAGUGGCGUACCUUCACGUUCCGCCCUCGUCAUCAUCAGCAUCUGCACUAGCUUUAGCAAAGCCCAUCGUGGUAAAUUGGCACGGCAGCGGCUUCAUCAUGCCCCUACUAGGGAGCGACUCCCUGUAUUGCGCGCAGAUUGCGAAAGAAGCUGGAGUCUUUGUUCUGGACUGCGAUUACCGGAAAGCGCCGGAGCAUCCCUUCCCGGCUGCACCGGAAGACGUGGAAGACGUGUUGAAAUGGGUGGCCUCUCAAUCGGACCGCUUCGACACGACGCGCGUCGCGGUUUCGGGAUUCAGCGCAGGCGCGAACCUUGCGCUGGUCGCGGCAUCGGUACUCCGGAAAACGGUGGAAGUCACCAUCAAAACGGCAAUUGCCAUCUACCCCGUCACAGACAUCAGUCUCGCGCCCGAGUCGAAGAAGGUGCCGGCUCCGAUCAAGCCAAUCUCGCCGAGCAUGGCGCGACUCUUCAACAACUGCUACGUCCCCGACCCGGCGAUGCGGACGGAUCCUAGGGUCUCCCCGUCUUAUGCGAAGUUGGAGGAUUUUGCGCCCACGGUGGUGAUGAUCACGUGCGAGGGCGAUACGUUGUCGCCCGAGGCGGAUUCGCUGGCGGAGAAGCUGGAUGAUGGACAGAGAAAGGUGGCGCAUUUGAGGUUGAAGGGUGUGCAUCACGGUUUUGAUAAGGGGCCCAAGGAAGGGAGUAAAGAAUGGGAGAGGAGAGAGGAGGCGUAUAAGCUGGUUGUAAAGAUGGUGAGGGAGAGUUUGGGAGCGUGA